AUGACCAAGUUCAAGCGUCAGGCGCAAUCGCAGCCAAAGCAUGGGCACCCGCCGGCGAGUGGUGCAUCCAAGGCACCGGUUGCACCACCAGUCCGUCGCCCGGGAUGGACUGGACCAAGCUAUAUACGGAAACCCGUCAAAAAGACGCCUGUAGCAGUCAAAGAGAAUAGUUCGAUAGAGCAGAUACAGAAUCUAUCUGUGAAGCAUCAACAACUCAUUCUUGACACAAUCAGAACUGCAUUCCCUGCUGUCGACGAGUUCAGCUCAUUGAGACCAGUGUUACAUGCCGUCAGGGAAGCACUCGGGCAGCAGGACUACGCCAAGGCAUUCGGGACUGAUGAGUUCUUGGAGGCAUACACAAUCCGAUGGAGUCCCAGUAGAGCUCUGACAGUUGCAAAUGUGCUGGCUUGGAUGUGCAGUGAGAUGGGUGAUGCUGCAUGGGUUCAGCAGUUCCUCCAUGAUGAUGGGAGGAAGCCAUCCAAGGUCGUAUGCAUUGGGCGAGGAGGAUCUGACUUGUUGGCAUGUGUGGCAUUACUCAAGCACGCUCGUCAAGACAAACUCGAUCGAGUUCCCUACAACGACGGUGCCAUGCUUGAUCUCAACCUCGUUGAUAGACACGAUUGGUCAGGGAUUGUCACAAAACUACAACACACUCUCACACACGCUCCUCCUCUUUCUAAAUAUGCAACCGCCAAGGCACACGCUUCCAACAUCCCUGCUAUCCCAUCCCAAGUCUUGAACCUAGCAGUCAACCAGCUCGACGUCCUCGAAAGCGGAAGUACAGAUCUGGAUGCGAUGAUAGGACCCAACUCGACACUCAUCACUCUCUUCUUUACGCUUCACGAACUCUACUCAAUCUCAAUAUCGAAGACUACGGCGUUCCUACUGAGACUGACUAUGGCAGCACCGAAAGGAAGUCUGUUGCUUGUUGUAGAUAGCCCUGGGGUUGAUGUUGCACUGCCUGAUAGUAGCAACAAGGGACAGGAGAAGAGAUACCCAGUCGAGUGGCUACUUUACCAAGCCCUGCUACCACCCAAGAGCAGGCCUGAUGUAGAGGAGGAAGAGGAGAAACAGCCAACGUGGAAGAAACUUGUCGAAGGUAGUCAUGAAAAGGAGUACAAGUUGCCUACUGGGCUGAGAUUUCCAGGAAGUCUGGAGAAUACGAGGCUUCAAGUGCACCUCCUGGAGCGGUUAUGA